UUACGUAAGCAGUUUGACAACGAGGCGUAUCACGUGAUUCCUAAACCGUCAUGUGACUUUGUUUUCAUGAUGGCGGUUUACUACACUGACCAGGGAAUCGAGUUGAAGAAACGAAUCUUGCAAAUCGAAAACAAGUGCUCCAGCCUCAGUGAGGAAAAUCAGGAAGAUGAUUACUUACAAAAUGCCUGUGCAACUGUUAAAAAGCUAGCAAACUAUUACACACAAGAAGAUGAAAAUGUUACUCUGUCAAAACUACUACAGGAUUACACACAGGUUGUGCUGGAUGUCACAUUUUAUGAGGAAAAUAAACUUGUAGAUCAAGAGUUUCCAGAAGACAUUUCCCCUCAGAAGAUCCAUGAAUUAUUACAGGAGCUUACUGAACCUGAACUGCUUGUGGGAAUGCUUGCAGGAGGGCAAGAUGUGCUUGCAGUUCUUGGCAAAGAACUUUUGGAAUGUCUGUAUUGGAGACGAGGAGCUUUACUAUACAUGUACUGUUACACUCUACAACAAAGAAAGCAGUGGAUUAAAAGUAAUAUUCCAUCUUUUCUGAAGUGGCUUCACGAAGGUGUCCAUUUCUUGAUGAGGAUGCUGCAAGUGAAAAACAGUAUACAGCUCAGUGAUGGAGUUGUUUUUCAUGAUUCAUCCACUGCAAAAUUGCUUACAGAAGGUGUGUUUUCUGAUACACAUUUGCUGACAAUGAUGUAUAUUGGUGAGAUGUGUUUCUGGGCAGUAAAAUACGAUGACUGUGACACAAGCACACCCGAUCGCAUUAAAGAAAAUCUUAAUUUCAGAGACAUUGGCAAACAGAUACUAAGUAAAUAUGUAACAGUUUGUGAAGGUCCACUCAAAGGACAAGGCUGGAAUACCGAAAAUGCUAAGGAAAUACUUAAUUUUUUACAGUAGUUAAAAUAUGCAAAAGAGACUUUUUUCGUAGUUACAUAAUCAACCUCCUUCUGUCUGCAAUAUGGACCUUUACAUCCCUUGCAGAUUAUUAGGGUGGAAUCUUUCUUGUUGAUCAUCUUUGUUUAUUAUAUAAUUUAUCUGCCUUUUUUAUUGUAUUGGAGAAAUACCAAAUGGGUAUGUGUUGUAAGUGCAUAAAACCUUUUUGUUUUUUUUUUUAUAACUAAUGGUUUGAAACUUACUCUUUUUGUUCAUUUUACAUUUUUCUUUCUAACACUAUAUAUUAUUUAGAGUUAAAAUUAUGUAUGUUAGUUUCUCUUAUUCUUAAUAUUCAUCCAGUUACCUUUUUAUUCUGUAGGUUUAUAUACUCAUUUCACUGUUUUCUUAAUCAGACAUGAUGCAUAGUUCUUACAUAUUACAUAUGUUUUUGUGUAUGAACGUGUGUGUUUAUUUAUUUCUGUUGCAGUGAAGUUCAUGGUCAUUUACUGGCUCCUAUUUAACAUAUAUGGUUGCAUGAUUUAUUGGUAAUGUAAUGGAAUAACUUAAAGGUAUUGAAAAGGUAAUAAUUUUAAUAAACUGAAACCAUCAUCUCAAAUUUUCAGAAAGUGUUUCUCUUGCAUCAUAUCUCUAAUGCUUAUCAGUAUUAAAUCAUAAAGUGGACUUAUGUUAAAACAAAAAGUAAGAAUUGUGAUUUCUUUUUUGUGUGUAUGUGUGUUUCCUUAAUGACAACUCGGUUUGAGCUAUAGGCUUUAUAGAUCGGUGUGUUUCUUACUCAGUUCAUCAGAUAGUUCAUUAAAACAAUCUACAAUCCAUUUGUAGUAUAUUGUUAUUGCGCUGGAAAAACAACAGUAACGACAGUGUAGCUCUGGGGUCUUCUGAAUGGUGGUUCUUUGACAAAGUGUGUUGAACCUUUUUGUCAAAAUGUAGGGAAUAUUUUUCAUUACCUGAAGAUUUAUAAUUUGUAAAGGUUAUCCUGAAUUGUUUGUUUGAUAGCUGUCAAUUAUCCUUUUGACUAAAAUACAGUGGUUUUCUUUUGCAACAGCUAGAUCAGGGAGGCAGGACUGCAGGUUUUGUUCCAGCUAAGUUUCUUAUUCAAAAUGCAAUUAACUGCUUCUAAAACAAUUACUGCUCAAGCAAAAUGUUUCUGCUUCCUUUUGGAUUCAGUCAUUAAAAGUCCCAACCUUUAAUUGCUCAUUUUAGUAUUCACUAGUUCCAUUCACCUUUUUGUUUUGUCUUGUUUCUUGUUGUCUUACUCAAUUAAAAAUAUGAUGAAAAUGACAAAGGAACCACCAGCUCACAGCCUAAUUUAUUUCCAUUUGCACCAGUGUGUUCAUCAUGAAGUAUCCGUUUUAAUAAAAUAUUUGGAAAGAAAUUAAACAGAAACAAAGGGAAUGAUUGAGAAUUUCUCAUCUACCUUGUUCACAAAGCAUUUGAGUGAUUUUCUUGGAAAAGAACAAUCAACAAUAUAAGAAUGACUUGACAUGGCUUAAGAACAUUAGUAAGCCAGAAAAUUAAAUAAAAGGUUCUAUUAUCGGCAAGAAUUGGCUUCUAAUUAAGCAAAUGGGUUGAAAUAAUUUGCAGCAACUUAAGGCUUGCCAAGCUAGUUAAUUUGUGUUUGAAAUAUCAUACAUAAACAGUGUCUUUUCUUUUACCAAGAAAGUUUUGGAGCAAAUUCAAAAUGUUUUUGUCAACAUGUAUGUUUUGAAUUAAUUUUUUGUUUAGUGAUACUGGCAUAUAAAUUUGUUUUUCGCCACAAAUACUAACAUUGCCUUUGGAUUGCUUAGUUUAUUUAUAAAUAGAAUUUUUAGUCUUUCAUAACUUCAUACCAGUUAUAUUUAAAAAUCCCAGAUUUGGUAUAGUUUUUUUUCUUUCUUUAAUGAAAAAAAUAGUAUUUUGGAGUCAUCCAAAAGUAAAGCAAGGAUUAUAUAGAAUCAAAUGAUAUUUUCAUUUAAUUAAUGGUUUUAGUCCAUGUUACAUAUAAACAGCCUAAAAUAUGAACUUUAAUAAAUAAAACAAUCUACAAAUAAUUGUAGUCUUAAAUCCAAGAGAUUUCAAUGAAUUGAAUAUUUGAAAUGCAUGAUUUCAAUGGAAAAUUAUUAGAAAAAAUACAGAAAACUUCUUUGAAAACAUUUAAUUAUGUAGCACAGUACUAUGUGAAAUACUUGGCAGUUUUUAGGCAGCUAUAUAUAAAAUAGCUUCACAUUUAAUUUUAAACUGAUUUAGGCAAUUUUUUGUACAUUUUCGGUAUUUUGAGCUUUGAUUGUAAAUUGCUGGUGUAUGUUAUUUUACGUUGCAAAUGCUAUAAAAUGUUUCCGGAGCUAAAGUAGACCUACAUGGACAGUGAUCUACAGUGAUUUAGUCAAGUGAGUGGUAAUUUGAUUUUUUCAGUUAAGCAAUACUUAUAUAUACAUACAUACAUACAGUUUACACUGUUAGGUUUUCCUAAAUCACAUAUUUUAACAACCCUUUCUUUGACUAAAUAUUUUAAAGUUUGUCGUACUGACAGAAAACAACUUUUUGGAGUUUUUUUUUUUUUUCUUUCCUUUCAGUCUUGCCAGAGCUAUGAAACUUUUUCUUACAAUAUAUUGAAGUGUUCAUUUCAGAAGCUUCUUACAAUUUCUUUGUUUUCUUUAAGUUUUACCCAGUUUAAAAUAUAUAUUAUUGAUACGAUUUCUGUGUACUGUCUAUAUCAUAUGUAGGAAUAUUGUAAAUGUUUACCAAAAUUAUUUUGCUCCAUUUCUUCUUUAAAGGUAUAUUGUCCUGUAAUUUGUUAAACAUGUAAGGGAAUUGCCUUUCUUUUCCAAAGAGUGUGUGCUAGUGUCCCCUGUAGUAGUUUUUAAUAUUAGGAAUGAGUACUGCUAGAUUCAAUAGAAGUACAUUUGAAAGUACAUUUUUGCAAAUCUAGGUUGCCAAGUCUUCGGAACAAAUUGAAAUCUGCCUGCACAGAUUGUGCCUUUUCUGCCAAGAUGAAAGUAAUUUAUCUUUUUUUUUUGCUGCAGCAACAGAUUUUUUGCUUGGUUGAUGUACAAAACUGCACCCUACACAGAACUUAGAAUGUGACCUCAUCUCUGAAUAGAGAUGAAAAUAUAAUCUACAUAGAUAUAUUUUUGUUCUAAUAAUUUUAGUUGCCUGAGAAGAGAUUUUUUUUUCAAAUUCAGUAUACUAAUGAAUAUCAAAGUGCCUUAAUUUUCCGAAUGACCACACCCUGGAAUAAGCAUCUGUUUCUUGGUUAACCAUUUCCCAUUUCAGUUACUACUUUUCCUAUAAUGGUAGGAGGCUUAGAAAUGUAGAAUGUGCUCUUUUAUUAUAAAUCUUUUUAUCUUCCUUGAUAGCAUUAGUUGCUUUGUAUUGUAUUCAUGUGUUUAUUUAUGCAAUUUGUAAUGUUUCAUAUGAAAGUUACUAUAUAUAAUGAAAAUGAAUUGACUGAGUUAAACUAAUAGAGUACAUGUAUACUGUUACUAUGUAAUUUGCAUUAUUGCUAUUCUUGUUGUACAUCACAAUGUAUUAACAUUGUCUUUAGGCAUUGCCCGAUUCCAUUAAUUGACAUUAGACUUGAAGCCACCUCAAGAAAAUUACCUACUCCGCCUGUUGUUCAGUUGUAUAAAAUAUUUAUGUAAAUACUCCUUUGUAAAGCACUUUGGGAUGGUGUUCACUGUAAAAACUUGGUAUUUGAAAUAAAGAGAAAACCCACCCAA